CAUUUCUACCAAGUUUUUAUAAGCACCAAACUCUCUUCCUUCUUGUGCAACAUUCAUGGACGACUCAACACAGCCACUGCUCACACCUAAACCAAAAGAACAACGCCAUGGAAUCAACACAAACUUUCCCUCACCACCAUCUAACACCGCAAUAUUCACGGCUGCAGCCCCCGACAUGGACUUGAUCACAAGCCCCAAAGACUUCUUCAAACAAUUCAUCGUUGAGUCGAAGAAGCUGUGGUACCUUGCUGGGCCUGCCAUCUUCUCCUUCGUCUCCAAAUAUUCCCUUGGAGCUGUCACUCAAAUCUUCGCCGGUCAUGUUAGUACCAUCGAUCUCGCUGCUGUCUCCGUCGAAAACUCCCUCAUCGCUGGCUUCUCCUUUGGCUUGAUGCUUGGGAUGGGAAGCGCGCUCGAAACACUAUGUGGACAAGCAGUAGGAGCAGGAAAACUCGACAUGUUAGGAAUAUACAUGCAAAGAUCAUGGGUGAUACUAUUUUCCAUGGCAUUUCCACUAUGCCUUUUAUACAUCUUCGCCGGAUCCAUUCUAAAAUUCAUAGGACAAACAACUGAAAUAUCCGAGGCCGCAGGAACAUUCGCUUUAUAUAUGAUUCCACAAUUAUUUGCUUACGCGCUGAAUUUUCCUGUCGCGAAAUUUCUACAAGCGCAAAGCAUGGUGAUUGUCAUCGCGGUUAUAUCGGGAGUGGCAAUGGUGUUGCAUCCGGUGUUUAGUUGGUUGCUGAUGGUUAAAUUUGGGUGGGGAUUGGUGGGUGCUGCGGUGAGUCUUAAUGGCUCAUGGUGGUUCAUUGUGGUGGCUCAAUUGGGGUAUGUGUUUAGUGGGAAAUGUGGUAUAGCUUGGAAUGGAUUUUCUUUUGAAGCGUUUAGGAACCUUUGGGGAUUCUUUCGUCUUUCUUUGGCUUCUGCUGUGAUGCUAUGCUUGGAAACAUGGUACUUUAUGGCAUUGAUUCUGUUUGCUGGAUAUCUCAAGAAUGCAGAAAUCUCAGUAGAUGCCUUCUCUAUCUGCAUGAAUAUAUUGGGUUGGACCGUCAUGGUGUCAUUAGGAAUGAACGUUGCCGUAAGUGUGAGAGUUUCAAAUGAACUAGGAGCAGUUCACCCAAGAACAGCAAGAUUUUCAUUGGUGGUAGCCGUGAUUACGUCAAUUUUAAUCGGAUUAUUAUUGGCUCUUGUUUUGAUUAUCUCACGAGACAAGUACCCUGCCUAUUUUACCACUGACAAAGAAGUGCAAGAUUUAGUCAAGGAUCUCACACCUUUGUUGGCAUUAUGUGUUGUCAUUAAUAAUGUUCAACCUGUUCUUUCAGGGGUGGCCAUUGGGGCAGGAUGGCAAGCUGCAGUGGCCUAUGUUAACAUUGCAUGCUACUACCUAUUUGGAAUUCCAGUGGGUCUUAUAUUAGGUUACAAGGUUAACUUGGGAGUCAAGGGAAUUUGGUGUGGAAUGAUGUCAGGGACUAUAUUGCAGACAUGUGUUCUUUUGAUAAUGGUUUACAAAACUAACUGGAACAAAGAGGCCUCCCUAGCUGAAGAUAGAAUAAGGAAUUGGGGUGGACCCCGACAAGUGGUUGAAGCCAAAGAAGAAAACAUACAAGAGACAUGAAAUUAAAGUAGAAGAAAAUAGAAACAUCUCUUGACAAAAAAAAAUAAAAAAUCGUGAUAUUUGAAUUGUGGAAAAAUAUACUCUGUUCUUUUAAGAGACAUUUUUGUGGGAAAUUGAGCCUUAAAAUUGAAAUUGCAUAUUGUAAUUUGCAUUAUGUUGAUUAGCAUCAAUUAUCAUUAUUGAAAUUCAGAUUGAGGCAAAUUAAUUAUGA